ACUACAGCACCAAGAUAUAGUGGUAUUCAGAAACAAGUAUUGUCUCUAUAUCGUGGAUUUAUAAGACAAUCAAGAUUGAAUGAUUCAAAGAAUACAUCAUCAUCAUUGACAAGUUAUAUUAGAGGACAGUUUAGAACAAAGUCAAAGUCAGUAUCAAGAAGAGAUAUAUCAAAGAUAGAAAUGAUGAUACUCAAAGGACAGCGUCAACUCAAGUUAAUCAAGAGUCAAGAUAUGAGUGGUUUCUCUUUA